CCGGCUGGGCUCCUCCCCGACGUAGCGCAUCACUCGGGGAGGGAGCCGCCAGGCGGAGCCUCCGCCGCCUCGUCGUGGGCAGCCGAGAACUCCGUUUCCCCGGCGCCGGAGCCUGCUGGGGCGCGCGGGGACUCGCCGUCGGGGCAGCCGCCGGGCGAUGCGCUUGCUGGGUGCGCCCCGUCGGCCGCCGCCGCCCGCAGCAAGAUGCCGGUCAAGCUCAAGAACCGCUACAACCUGGUGGACGAUGCGGGCGAUUCGCGGGUGCCGCUCCACAACGAGGAAGCUUUCCAGCACGGCAUCCACUUUCAGGCCAAGUACAUUGGGAGCUUGGAUGUGCCAAGGCCCAACAGCCGCGUGGAGAUUGUGGCAGCAAUGAGAAGGAUCCGGUACGAAUUUAAGGCCAAGAACAUCAAGAAGAAGAAAGUCAGCAUCAUUGUCUCCGUGGACGGCGUGAAGGUGAUCCUGCGCAAGAAGCAGAAGAGGAAAGAAUGGGCCUGGGAAGAGGGCAAGAUGGUGGUCAUGCACGACCCCGUAUACAGGAUCUUCUACGUUUCACAUGACUCCCAGGACCUGAAGAUCUUCAGCUACAUUGCCAGGGACGGCACCAACAAUUGUUUCCGGUGCAACGUCUUCAAAUCCAAGAAGAAGACUCAGGCCAUGCGUGUGGUGAGGACAGUGGGCCAAGCCUUCGAGGUCUGCCACAAACUCAGCCUCCAGCAUGCCCUCCAGAACGCAGACGGCCAGGCUGACGGGGCCAGCAACAACUCAGCGGAGGACCCCCAUUUGGAAGGGUUCCAGCUGCCUGGACCAGCCAUGCUUGAUGGAGAAAAUGGCCCUGGUGCUUCUGAGGGGGCGUGCAUGCCCGACUGUGGGGUCUGUGAGCUGCCCUUUGCUGUGCCCGACCUGGGAGUCCCGAAAUCUGGGCUGAGCCUGAAGGACAGGAGCAGCCAGGAGAACGAAAGCCAGUCCCUCUGCCCCUCUGCUGCGCAGCCGCUGGGCAGCCCCGGCAGCCCCUGCUCCUCUGCCUCAGUGACCCCGCUCGCCUCCCAGCACUGCCUCCAACUCCUCCAGCACCAGCUCUUCCAGCAGCAGCAGCAGACGCAAGUGGCCGUGGCUCAGGUGCAGCUGCUGAGAGACCAGCUGUCAGCCGAGACCACGGCCCGGAUCGAAGCCCAGGCCCGUGUCCGCCAGCUCCUCUUGACCAACCGUGACCUCCUCCAGCACGUCUCCCUGCUGGUGAGGCAGCUCAAGGAGCUAGAGAUCAAGGUGCAGCUGCGACACCCAGCGGAGCGGUCGCUGCAGAAUCUGACGCUGGCUCAGUCCCUCUCCCUCAGCCUGAAGAACCACUACAGGCUAGAAAUCAACCUGCCGCCCGCCUCAACCCCUGCCAGCGUCCUGGGCAGCCCCGUGGCGCUGCUGGGCGACCCUUGCGAAUCUCACCGGAACCUGGCCAACUUGGAGAAGGGCAGCCAGCUGCCUCACGGCGCAGAGAGCGAAGAGCGCCUCCUCGUGGUGCUGGAGGGGCCUGACGGCCUCCGCAGCGUCGAGGGAUCGGAGGCGGCUGACUGCGGUGCUCUGAACGGGACGGCCAGGCAGGAGUGCAAUGACCUGAGCGCUCCAGCACAGGAGGAGAGGUUGCAGCCGUUCAUCCCCAAGCUAAACCCACCCCCUCCGACUCUGAGGAAGAGGUCAGGUAAAACCACCUCACCCAGCCGAGAGGUAGAGACGGCCGCAGCCCCGGCAUACCCCAGCACCUCUACCCUCAAUAGCAUCACAGCCUUCUCCCUCCCAAGCUUGGAGUCCGAGCCGAGGAUGCUGGGAGGAGGUCACGCCCAUGGCCGCAUGGAAAACUGGGGGUGCCCGAGCCAGGAGCGAGCUGGGGAGGACGGCCGGACACUUCUAGCAAAGGGGAUUUUGGGCCACCCUGAUAAAGGCCCAACAAGGGAUUCAGACGGCAACUUGGACACCCGGCGGCCCUUCCUCUCCUCAGUUGGCAGCAAGACCCAUUUGCAUAUCAGCCUCUCGGAGGAAGAGCUGGACACAGCCGGGACCUGUGUUGCUCACGCGUAACCGCACUUUGGGGGUAGGCUGUUAAGAGGGCCAGGUUGCCAGUCCUGGGUCGUGGGGCAGAGGUGGCUUAUAGGAUGCUGCGGUGCCAGAGGGGAGUCCUGAAAUGGCUGUGGCCAGACACCGGUGGUUCCGUAAGAGCAACACCUUAUCAAAGCAGGAGACUUUGAACCAAAAAAUGUCAUCUCCAAAGGAAGUCAGCUGGGAGGCUCUACAGUCUUCCUCGAGGUUGUCUUCCACACAAGCAGAUUGUCUUCCGCAAACACCAGGAAAUGGCCCGAGGGUGCCUGAAGUCUUGACACCCUUGGCAGGGGUGAGCCUGGCAGGUGUUGGAGGGGGAAACGCCUAAGAACCCCACGUGAUCCAAUACACGAGCAUAAGACCCUGUAGCAGGCGAGGGGUCCUCUGCUCCGUGCCCCAGGAAAAGGUGCUGGGCACCGCUUGCUGAAAUCUAGACCGUGCUGGAGAUUGUCCCCGUAGCCAAGGAAAGCUGCUUAACAGUUUUGGGGCAAAGAGCAGGAGUGUGAGUUAUAGGUGCCCUGGAGGUCCAGAGGCAAGGUUGGCAUCUGGGAGUUUGGUGGGGGGUGUAAUCCCCACUAUAACAAUCACUUCCAGAUGUCUCCUUUGGAAUGAAGGGAUUCCACGUGUCCUCUGAAACUCACAUCAUUGCAGAAGCCCACACUACUUCCAGGUUGAGGGGGCCAAGAAGCUCUGCUUCAGAAGCCCCCGCGGCCAACAAGGGUGGCUGGGCCAUCCCUCCCAAAAAGGCGUCAGUCCUUGGCCCAGAAGAUUGGUGCGCCCUGCAAAGGCUCCCUUCUAACCUCUCUGGUUGUGGAGAGAAUCGCUGGUGCUAUUACGCCCCUGUGGUUUAAUGGGAGCAGGUGGGAAUUCCCAGCUCAGGCCAAAGGGGAGUUUUGGCUGCUGCAUGAAUACCUCUGGAUCUCCACACACAAUUUCCCCCUUCCAUUCCCCCUAUCUCCCGCACACCCACAGCAGCCCACUCAUUGAACACUCGGGGAUAUCCCUGCAGCAGGAUCUCAUUCAGAGUGUCGGUUAAUUUAGUGACAAGGCGGCAAGGAGACACCCUUUCUAUUUUAUUUUAUUUUGAGACAGCAGAAAUAAGCAUCUCCAUGUUUCCCACAUCUUGGGGUAGUAGUCCUUUCCUGACCCAAGUUUAAAACCAGCCAGGUGAAACCCAAACAGCUUUUGAGUUGAGUUAGGGGUGCUGAGGCGAGGAAGUCUGGGGAGCUAAUUCAUACACACUCUGAAAGUGGGCUGCAUAGACCCAGGAGGGAUGUCCAACGAGGUGGCCACUAGGCCAAACCUUUCCUGGGCCCAACUGGAAUUUCCCACUCUUGGCCAAGUUGCCCCAACAGGGGGAUGCAUGUCAGGAAAAGUUUAUAUGUUCAGUAUUUUUCCAGUGUUGCUUCCCUCCAUUUCUAAGAACUAUUUAAAAAAAAAUAAGCUGCUCUGUUUCUGAGAAAAAGCUCUCUGCACAUGCUUAGAAACUUCCUGAGAUACCAGAACUUUCAAGCACAUGGUGAUGUCCAGUGGAGUUGGUCACAUGACUGAAACUCAGAGACAAUGCAGGUUUGUGAUGUCUGGCCCUGCUGUCCAAGCCUUUGGGGUAGUGCAGGUAAAUGUCUGUUCCGGGGGGGGGGGGAAGAGAGAAAAUGGGACAGAAAGAGAGAGCGAAGCUGUCAAGGUUUUGCCACAUGUCCAAAAUCAGCCCUCCUUGAAUCAACCCUUGGUGAAUGGCACAUGGUAAGGAAGCCCUUGUGAGCAACUGGUGCUGCAGUUCACAUAGGUGUCUGCAGGCUUUUUUUCCCAGGGAUGGGGGCAAAAUAAAACACUGAAAGCAGGGAGCAGGUUAGUUUUUCCCACAAAAUGAGAAGAAUAGUGCCUGUACAUUUUGCCUCGUAUCUCAGGUUCUGCAAAUGCUAGAACUUGAUUUUAAAAUGCAAGAUAGGAGGUGGGGGAAUUAACUAUUCAUCCAGGGGACAACUGCUUCCCCCCCCCAUCCCACCCCCUGUGGAUGCCCAUGCAUGUGCAAAAGUGGAGAUGGUUUUUUUUAAAAAAUUGAGCCAUGCAAGAGAGAAUGGAAAUGGAACCGUUUGGUUCUCGAGAGAGUAGGAGGGUCAGGGGUAAGUUGUCGAAAGGAGGAUUUGAGGGAAGGGAAUGUUAAAAGACCAGGUGAAAGAUGUCUUCAUGAUUUGGAGAACUGGAGAGUGAAUCAGUUGCAAAAGAUGGGCGCGGGAGGAUUCUGUAGGCCUGAAUGCUCCGCAAGGGUGUCAUGGAGCUAGUGCGGCCAUUUUCACCAUCUCAAAGGCAAAUCUCCCCAGCAGCCUUCAGGAUCGCAAAAGUUGUUGGCCGCUAGCAAACAAGGCCUCCCAGUUUGUGAGUCUCACUCCAGAUGGGAUCCCAAGCAGGUGAACAAUAUUUGGAACGUGCUCCAAUGGAGGAUGGAUGUAGUUCAUCUGUAGAGGAGCCCUGAGUGGGAUUUUCCCAGGAUGCAGUUUAAAAGGCUGAUGAUAGGGCGUGUGGCUGCAUAAAGGGAUCCACCUGCCCCUGGGGUGGUGGGGAAGUUUCCUUUUGACACAGUUGCAAGAGGCAAGUUAGGAAUGUGUUAAAGGCUAAGUUGGGGUUAAGGGAUGCAUUAUAAGUACCAAUGCAAAUGGAAAAUAGAGAGACAGUAACCAGCGGGUGACUGGGUUGCCUAGCAACUCUUAUAGAGAUAGAGGGUGAGUGGCUUAGAGCAGGACACCAGAUGCUAGGGGGGUUGCAUAGCAACCCCCACCAAAGGAGGCCUAGUCCUGAGGGGAACCUCACAGUGGACAGUUAAGAGUUGCCAACCAGCUGGUGGUGGAUGCUCAUGUGUAUGUUUAAUCCAUAGUUUUCAUGUGUGCAGAAAUUUGGACAGGCGUAGCUUUUCACAGCUUUAAACGCGCCUGCACAUCAGGCCACUUUUAAAAGGCACAGUUAGAGCGGCUGGUUGAAAAGUUGACAGCGUGUUGGAAAAUCCUGCCUGCUGGUGCAGAUGUACUGCAAACUGAGAAGGCCCUUUGUCAUUUGUGAAAAGUCCUGUGCUCAAGCAAAUGCGCACAAGCAGCAAGUAGAGUGGUGUCAGGCGGCCACGUGCAUCUCCUUGGAAAGGAAAUGUCUGUGUCGCAUACUUGGGUGUUUCUGCCAGUGUUCAAAGCGUCAGGUGAGGAUCUGUCCCAAGGCAGGCCAGAAAUUCCACUGGUGCCGAUUCUUGCAUCGCAGCGUUGCAGGGGUGGAAAACUCCUGAGGGGUUUGCCAAGUAGUGACUCCAGCUGCCCCCACACCCUGGCAAGUUCAGAGGUGAGGGAGUUGUUAAGCCUUGGUUUCCUUACGAACUGGAGGGGUCCCCAAGUCAAAAGCCAGUUUUCAGCUGCGUGGUUUCAUCACCUCCACUCCAAGGGUGUAGAUGUAUGGGGUCUCAGGGGGUCCUGCAUCCCCUUUUUGGGAGCAGGGGCCCAGCUGAGUCCCUAUGUCCCCUACAAGCCAAUCAGUAUGAAAGGGGUGUGUGUUAGCCACUGAGAAUAAUCUUCUAACACGCUUCCUGGGCCUUUUCUGCUGUUUGGAGCCAGUAGAGUGAAAGGUGAGUCAGCUGCUGAGAAGCCUUCUCAGCAGCAAACACAUUCUCCUUUCAUGCUGAUCGGCAUCUAGGAACGGCUUCUGUUGUUGGAGAAGGUUCGCAGGGGAAGGACUGAGGAGGGGAUGAUGAUAGAGAGGGAGGGGGGCAUGGCAUGGCUAUCAUGAAGGGACUCCACACUUCUGAAUUUGCCACUACACUAUUGCUCCUCUUUCUAUCAUUCAUUUGGUGCCACCUCUCAAAGCUGUUUGCAAGUUAGCAGAAAUCGCCACCAGAGGAAAGUGCAGAAAGGGUGGGAAGCUAGAUCCCCCCAGCCAUCCCUGUUUGAAAUCAUCACAAUGUUUACAAAAUGUAGGGCGCCUUCACUCAGCCAUGUGUCAUCCAGAUGUUUUUGACCACAGAUCUCAUCUGAUGGGAGCUGUAGUCCAUCACCUCUGGAGGGCACCAGGUUGAGGAUGCCUGUAUUAGAUACAGGGAGUGCAUUUUUAUGGCUUAAGUUCCCCUGUUUUCUUUGGGAUUCUUGUUUCAUCUCAGCAGCCAAACAUCAGUUUUUUAAAAAACCAAACCACCUGACGUUUGUAGGGGAGAUGGCAGAAGCAAACGCAGAUUGACCAAACUGCCUAUUAAAUAUUAUCUGCUUGGGUUUGCCUGCCAGGAAUGGAAAUGCUGGGCCCAAGCUUCAAAUCUACUCAAAAGUUCUUUUUUUGGGGGUGGGGAUCAGGGAGAGAAGGUGUAAUUUAAGCCUGCUUGGGGACAGAGGAGACGAGGGUCAUUUUAUUUCCAAGUGUUAUUCUGCAAUUUGUUAUCAAAAACUUUGAGAGAGGGAAAGUUUGGAUUUAUUAUGUAAAACAUUCAGUGUUGCUGGGACCAUGAGUGUAAUUACAGAUUUCCUUUCUCCUCACUUUGUCAGUGUGGCCUUUUUUUGAGGUGCUAAUCCUUCCCUGGGGAGGUGGUUUUGCUUACUUUCCACCCAAUUUCACACAUAGAGCCAGUCUUACAAACUCACUCACAAAUUUCGGUUCUCUCUCUGGGGGAAGGGGCUCUUUCAUUCCUGGUGCAUUCAUUUAUCUUCCCCCACACC